CUCUAGAGGAAAGAAAGAUUUGGCUUCACGACUUGCUUUACAGCAUCUGAAUAGUGAAAGCACAAUGUACAUCUUUUAGAGUUUUACAGAAAUCAUCUAGGAACAAUAACGUUGGACUUCGAGGAAUAACAGACUUCAGAGAGCCCAGAAAUUGUUCACUGAUAAAGCUGAUUUGGCCAUACAGCUUGGGAAUGAAUACCAUUGAGACAGCAAAGCUUGAAGAGCAUAUGGAGGGUCAAAACAAUGACACUUCUAAUGGCUACUCACGACCUACUCUCUCAGUCAGUGAAGAGAAUAAAAAUGGCACUAGCAAACCAAAGGGCUUGUCUAAUGGCUUGCGAAAAACAACAAAGAAAUACCCUGAUUACAUCCAGAUUGCUAUGCCUGCUGAAUCUAGGAACAAAUUUCCUCUGGAAUGGUGGAAAACAGGCAUUGCCUUUGUCUAUGCUCUCUUCAACUUGAUUCUAACAACUGUCAUGAUCACUGUGGUUCAUGAGAGAGUACCUCCAAAGGAGCUAAGCCCUCCCUUGCCUGAUAAAUUUUUUGAUUACAUUGAUCGUGUGAAAUGGGCUUUUUCUGUAUCAGAAAUAAAUGGAAUGAUACUAGUUGGAUUAUGGAUAUUCCAGUGGUUAUUUCUUAGAUACAAAUCAAUAGUGGGACGGAGGUUCUUUUUUAUAAUAGGAACUUUGUAUCUGUACCGCUGUAUUACUAUGUACGUUACCACCUUACCUGUGCCUGGAAUGCAUUUUCAGUGUGCACCAAAGUUGAAUGGAGAUUCUCAGGCGAAGGUUCAGAGGAUCCUGCGACUGAUUUCUGGUGGUGGUCUAUCCAUAACUGGAUCACACAUCCUAUGCGGAGAUUUCCUGUUCAGUGGUCACACUGUGGUGUUAACGCUGAUCUACCUGUUCAUCAAAGAGUAUUCACCACGUCAUUUUUGGUGGUAUCACUUAAUCUGCUGGCUAAUGAGCGCUGCUGGCAUAAUUUGUAUCCUUGUCGCUCAUGAACACUAUACCGUAGACGUCAUCAUUGCUUACUAUAUCACCACACGGCUUUUCUGGUGGUACCACUCAAUGGCUAACGAAAAGACUUUAAAGGUCUCUUCGCAGACAAAUUUUCUCUCUCGAGCAUGGUGGUAUCCAAUAUUUUAUUUCUUUGAGAAGAAUGUGCAAGGCUCUGUUCCUUGCAGCUUUUCCUGGCCAAUAUCUUGGCCUCCCAGCUGCUUCAAAUCUUCAUGCAAAAAGUAUUCACGGGUUCAGAAGACAGGAGAAGACAAUGAAAAAUCUACCUGAAGAAAAUGAAAGCAUCUGCUCUGUUUUGUUGUUUUGUUGGUGUUUUUUUUUUUUACUAAAACAUUAAUGCUGUAACCAAAGUUCUUAAGAGGACUACACUGUAACUGAAGAAGUGGACCAAGCUUCUGUGCAAUCGAUUGGAAAGACAAUUGUAGACACAUAUAUUGCCAUUUCAUAUGUUUUUCUAUCAUCAGGCUGUACAGACCUAUUCUACUCUUCAGUGCAAAUAGAACGCACCACUGAUGGGAUUUUUUUAUUAAAGAAAAAUGGAGCAGAACUU